UGAAAAUGACGUUAAUGUGAUGAUGGUUAAUAUAACCAAUAUAAACGUAAAUGUAAUCGGCCUCGGAAGCAACCAAUCUUCUUUGGCGAACUUGCAAACCAAUUUGAUAAUCAAGGUAAACAAUAUCGGAAGCCAAUUAGUGGUUACAAGCAGUAAUGUCACCUCAUUAUCAGGGCAGGUGGCAAGUGUACUUCAGAAUAUAAAUGUUAUUAAUAAUAACAUUAAUACGGUGCAAGUUGAUAUUGACAACAUAAAUCUAAACGUUACGAAUAUAAAUAAUCAGUUCAGCCAGGUAACGAAUGUUGUCAACAUUAUAGAGAAUGAGCUAAAUGUCAUUAUGGUCAACAUAACAAAUAUUGAUGUCCGACUCGGAUCGUUUGGUGGAAACAUAACGUCAGUUGGGCUCUCGCAACCAAAAUAUCUUUGACAUCCUUAACACGUUCUCAAAUGUAAUUGACCUCACACAGACAAGUGUUACAAACAUUACCAGGCUUGUUACAGGAAUCGGUGCUAAUGUCGACAAUUUAACCAUUGUGGUUGACACGUUGGAAGUGAAUUUCAAUACGAUGAUAAAUAACGUGAAUGUCAUUCAAAAUAACUUGAACAACGUUUCAGGAAGUGUUGUUAAUGUUAUAAAUACAAUAAAUGAUAUAGACGUAACAGUCAAUAAUAUUGGAGGAGACUUAAUAAAUGUUACGUCAAUUGUGAAUAACAUUCAAGUGAAUAUCGUUUCCAUCACGAACAAUAUUAAUGAUAUUGACAUAAACAUUGUUAAUUUGAAUUCAAACCAGACCAUCAUCGCCCAAAACCAAAAUAUCUUUAACAGUACUGUGAAUAACCUUUUCACAGUAGUAAAUAACGCUCAAACGAACAUCAAUUCUGUAUCACAGAACGUUCAAGAUUUCGGCGUUAAUUUCAAUGGCCUGUCAACAGUGGUAACAAAUAUCAACAGGGAUUUAACAGGUCUAUCAUCGGUAGUUAACAACAUCCAAGUUGUUCAAAAUAACAUUGUUGUCGAUGUCGAUAAUGUAGUGAACAGCAUCAGUAACGUUACAGUGGUAGUAAACAACAUACAAAAUAACGUGCAGAAUAUACUUGUGAACAUUACAAAUAUUGACGUCACAGUGAAUUCUAUUAUUCUGAACCAGACAGUCAUAGUGAACAACCAAGGAAAUAUAUUCGGAGUUCUAGACGGGCUUGGAAACCAACUGACCACUACAACUGGAAACGUAAACAGCUUAAGAGAUCUUGUAUUCCAAAUAAACGUAAAUGUAACUAGUAUUUCCGGUGAUGUAACCAAUAUUGGUGGACAAGUAACAAAUAUAACGGUAGACAUCGACAAUAUUAUUGUAAAUAUCAAUUCCGUUUCAGUAAAUAUCAACAAUAUUGAAGGUGAUCUUAAUUUGCUCUUUGUCAAUAUUACCAAUAUCAAUAACGCGGUUACAGUUAUAGGUACAAAUAACAGCAAUUUAUUCGCCCUCACUGACACAUUGAGUAACAGAUUAACAAGCGUAACUGGACAAUUAACAAGCGCUACUUCCGAUAUUGUAGUAAUUUCACAGACAGUACAAAACAUCCAGGUGAAUGUGAAUAACUUGACAAACAACGUUUAUAAUAUUAAUGGAAAUCUGAACAACCUCACGUUUGUGGUGAACGAUAUCGAUGUCACACAAAAUACAAUGGUCGGCGAUUUCAACACCUUUGUGCAAAAUAUAAAUAACGUUACGAAUAUUGUAAACAAUAUUCAAAAUAAUGUAAACAAUAUGGUUGUCAACAUCACCAACAUCGAUUCAACCAUUGGAGCUGUAGUUGUUAACCAAACAAAUCUGCAGAAUAACCAGUUGAACAUCGUUGGUCUACUGGGAUCAGUCGGAGACAGAUUAUCAAUUGUUAAUUCUAAUAUUAAUGUCAUAAACUUAAAUUUGACAAAUAUUCAAGGAAACAUAAAUGAUCUUUCGGGUGGAUUUGGUGGCCUUAGAGGUGACGUGAAUGUAAUAUCAGGUACAGUUAACAAUGUUGUUACAAAUCUUAACAACGUGACCGUUAUUAUGAACAAUAUUGAAUCCGAGCUUAACUUCGUGAUGGUCAACGUGACAGAUAUUGAUACAAGAAUUGGAGGCAUAGGAACGGACCAAACUGCAUUGCAACAAAACAUUAUCACAAUCGGAAAUUUCCUGCAAACGUUUGGAAACCGACUGAAUAGUUCUGAUCUUAACUUAUUUAAUCUUUCGCAGACAGUUAUAGCUAUAUCUCAGAAUGUUAAUCAAAUCAACGUUAAUCUACAAAAUGUUGAAGGAGACGUAAAUGUUUUGACAACCAACAUCAACAACAUCGUCGUCGAUCUUGGUGGCGUCUCUGGAGAUGUAGAUAAUUUGACGAUUAACGUCAAUGCAGUCACAAAUCAAGUGACAAAUAUUGCAAACAAUAUAAACAUUUUGAUGGUUAAUAUUACCAACAUCAAUAGCAACGUCGGUGACAUAAUCGUCAAUCAGACGCAGCUUCAGCAAGCACAAAAUCAAUUGGGAGGCGCUCUGAACAUUGUAAAUCAGAAUGUGAACAAUGUGUCGAAUACUGUAAAUGUCAUUUCAACUACAAUAAACAAUAUACAGAUUAAUAUAAACAACAUAACUAACAAUGUAUUUAAUGUUGAAGGAAAUGUCAACAAUUUAACUGUCGUUGUGAGUAAUAUUCAGGUCAAUCAAAACAACUUGGUUACUGGAUUCAAUCGUUUUGGUACGAAUGUGGACAACUUGUCUGUUACAGUAAAUGCCAUUCAGAGCGAUAUCGGCACAUUAAUCGUUAAUGUAACAAACAUUGAUGUUACCGUGGGGAGCAUUUUAUUCAACCAAACUAACCUCCAAAAUAACCAGGUCAAUAUUGUUAAUGUUGUAAGUGGAAUAAAUAACCAAGUGAACAACACAGUUGGUCAGCUGAAUUUCUUGAACAACGCUUUCACUAAUUUUAAUACCAACAUAACAGGAAUAACCAGCAUUAUCAACAGACAAGGAGGCGAUAUUUCAAGCUUGAUUGUGCAAGUCAAUCAGAUUGAAGUUAAUGUCAAUUCAGUUUCGGUUACAGUGAAUAACAUAGAUAAUGACGUGAACAUUGUAAUGCUGAACGUAACCAACAUUGGAAAUGCAAUCGGUGUGUUGAAUGUGAACCAGACUACCUUACAACAGGACACGCAAGUUAUUACGAAUACUAUUACCAACAUUCAAAAUCAAAUAAAUGCAGUGAAUUCCAAUGUCGUAAAUGUGGUCAACACGAUCACUGACAUUGAUGUGAAUGUUAACACUGUAACUAACAAUGUGAACAAUAUCCAAGUGAAUUUGAAUAAUAUCACCAAUAUUGUCAACAACAUUCAAGUGAUUCAAAACAAUAUGACUGUUGUUUUCAAUGACUUUGGAAACGAUUUAGACAGUCUAUCGAUUACCGUUAACAACGUCAUAAACGACAUUGAUAUAGUUAUGGUAAAUAUUACAAAUAUUGGUUCAGGUGUGUCAACUGUUUUGGCAAAUCAGACGGUGAUACAAAACAACCAAAAUAAUAUUGUCAAUUUGGUUAACAAUUUGGGAGGUCAGCUUAACUUCACUGGUGGUAAUCUUGGAUCCCUUACUCAACUCGUUAAUGACAUUAAUGUUAUUGUAAACCAAAUAACUGUCAAUGUGAACAACAUAAAUGGAGACAUCGGUAACCUGACCGUGGUAGUCAACAAUGUCCAGAACACCGUCAAUAACUAUAAUGUAGCCAUUACCAAUAUCCAGAACGACAUUGAUAUCGUAAUGGUAAACGUUACCAACAUCAACGGUGCGAUAGGAGUAUUUAACAAUGACUUGCCAUCUGCAUUUGGAGGUCAGAGCAACAUAUUUGGUAUUUUGAAUUUCUUAGGAGUGCAGGUUAAUGCUACCAAUUCUAAUGUUAACGUAAUUGUGAACGAUGUCAACGUUAUACAGCAAAACAUCGUGAACGUAACAUUUGAUAUCACAAACGUAUUCAAUAAUGUGAACAGUGUUUCUAGCCAAGUCGGCAACAUAGUAAACAAUGUCAAUGGCCUGUCAACGAAUUUCGGAAACUUCCAACAGAACUUCAAUAUUGCGGUAGUCAACAUAACUAAUAUAAACCAAAUAGUAAACACUAUUGGCACGCAAAUAAACAAUAUUGAAGUGAAUAUGGACUUAGUUAUGGUAAACAUUACCAUUAUAGGAGGUAUAAUUAACAACAUCAACAACAACCAGACAAUUCUUUUUGACAACGAAGCCAACAUAUUUAAUAAUCUAAAUACUAUUGGCAGCCAGAUUAGCGAUACAACUCAGUCUAUAGGGAACUUUAAUCAGAUUGUAAAUAAUAUUGGUGGAAACCUUAAUAAUCUUACUGUUAUCGUCAAUAAUUUCCAACAAAAUAUAAAUCAGGUAACUGGCAAUGUAAACACUAUUCAAACUGACAUAGUAAAUAUAAAUAACAAUUUCAAUAUUGUUAACUCAAAUUUGAACAACGUUAGUCUACAGGUGAACAACAUUUUUGUUGACAUGGAUUUACUCAUGGUAAAUAUUACAAACAUAAACGGUAACAUCGGAAACGUAAUUGCCAAUCAGACUAUUAUCCUACAAGGCUUAGAAAAUACCAAUGUUAAUAUUGGAAAUAUAGUUAAUGUGAUUGGUGUUACACAAAAUAACGUGAACUUCCUAAAUAACUCGGUUACAGCUAUUGGCGUUAAUGUUAACGGCAUAAACUCAAACAUCGGAGACAUCAAUGUGAAUGUUAACUCACUAACGACAAACGUCAAUAAUGUCAUCAAUAAUGUUAAUGUUAUUCAAAACAAUAUUAACAACAUCAACGUAACAGUUAGCAGAUAUAUCGGGCGACGUUAAUAACUUGAACGUCAAUGUGAAUGCUAUAUCAGUCCAGGUAACUAACAUUGAAGUUGAUCUUAAUGUUGUAAUGGUUAAUGUUACAAAUAUUUCAACUUCAAUUACAUCAAUUAUUGUUAAUCAAACGUCGAUUGUUCAGAAUCAACAGAAUAUCUUUGUUGCAUUGACAAAUAUAGAAAACAGAGUAAACAUGACACAAAUAAAUGUUGUAGAGAUAACUCAAACGAUCAAUGACAUUGACGUUACUAUAAACAACAUUACUGUUGAAGUUAAUAACAUCGACAACAGCGUAACAAACAUUAACACUCAAAUAUCUAAUAUUCAAGUUAAUGUCGUAAACCUUACUACGGUUGUUAAUACCGUCGUCAAUGAUAUCGACAUAAUAAACGUUAACAUAAACAACAUUCAGGUAACCAUGACUACAAUAAUGGUUAACAUAACUGAAAUUGAUGUUAAUAUUGCGACAAUAGUAAACAAUCAGACAAAUAUUGAAAAUACACAAGUGAACAUAUACAACACACUCAAUAAUCUUACCAAUAUUGUGCAAAAUAACAGCAAUAAUAUUAUAAAUAUCAAUCAACAAAUCACUGAAAUAGCUGUCAAUGUCACAAAUGUGGCAGUAUCAGUAACAAAUAUUGCAGUAGAGGUAAACAAUAUUAAUGUCCAAAUAGUGAAUAUUAAUAUGACUCUUGUUGAAGCAACGACAAAUAUAUUUAACAUUCAACAAAAUAUGAUCAAUGUCACGAAUAUUGUAAAUGAUAUCGAUGUAAAUUUGAAUGUUGUCAUGGUGAAUAUAACGAACAUCAACACGCAGAUAACGAAUAUCGUUGUGAAUCAGACCUCAAUCCAAAAUAACCAACUUACAAUCAUGAACACACUGAACGUCGUCGAAACACGUGUGAAUAACACUGAGAUCAAUGUUGUUCAGAUAACACAAACCACAACUAAUAUACAAGUGCAGGUUACCGAAAUAACAACUGAAAUUACAAAUAUCUACUUGAAUAUCAAUAAUGUCACCAAUCAAGUGACGAACGUGCAGACCACAUUAGUAAACGUGACCCAACAACAGAUUUCUAAUACGAACAUACUCAACAACAUGACCGUUCAAGUCACUAACAUAGAUAUUCAACUUAAUCAAGUGAAUGUAAAUGUUAACAACAUAUCUGUGUUUGUAAAUCAAGUGUCCGUCACGGUGAUAAAUAUCGAAACGGAAUUGAACAUUGUUAUGAGUAAUGUGACUCAGAUUGAACACAAGAUAAUCAGUGUAGGAGCUACCACUGAGGAGCUACAGAGACACGAGGACAUCAUGAUUGAAAACUUCAUGUUGUUGUCUGUCAACAUCACGAACAUCAAUAUUGCGGUGUUCAAUUUGACAAAUGUCGUCAACGUUGUUGAUCUAAAUGUUAAAGGUACAACAGGUGAAAUAAACGGCAUUCAGAAAAACAUGAACCAAAUUAACAUCUACAUAAAAGAUCUGGAUUCGGAUAUCAACGAUGUUUCAGGAAACGUUUUCAAUAUACAGAAUAACAUCAAUAUGAUUAUGGUGAAUAUCACAGACAUCGACGUAAGGAUAGGUAAUGUAGGAGGCGGCGACCAAGGUUCUCUCGAUAGAAUUUUUGGAAGCUUUGGUAAAUUCGAGGAAAGAAUAACUGUUAUUACUUCAAAUCAGAAUGGUAUCACUGAUCGACUAGGACAAAUCGAUGUUCGAAUUAAUAACACCCAAACGGGUAUUAAGGAGAUCUCAAUGAAGGUACACGAUAUCGAAAACGACAUGAACAGCGUGUCAAUCAAUACGCAUCAGCUGGGUGUUAAUUUGAACACAGUGUCUACAAAGAUAACGAAUGUUGAAACGAAUGUUAACCUCAUUAUGGUCAACAUAACAAACAUCGACAUUAAGGUUGGUAGAAUAGGUUCCGAUCAGGUCACCACAGUUAAGACGCAAGACAGUAUAACGAAAAACAUCCAGGUGCUCGUUGACAGACAAUCACUUAUCCAGACCAGCCAAGGAAAAAUGUUCGACCGAUUAGGUUACAUGGAUAACAGAUUGAAUUCCACUCAGGUUAAUCUCAACAUCAUGUCUGGUUCGCUGACACAUAUGGAAGGUACAAUCGAUUCGCUUUUUCGGAACAUAUCAAACAUAAAUGGCACUGUUGGACAGGUAGGAUCAGGUCAGAUUGAUUUACAAUACAUUCAAGAACUGCUCUCACACAAACUAGAUGCUUUGGAAGGCGAUCAGACGAAGGCAUUCAAUUAUCAGCAGGAGAUACGUCUCCAAAUUAAGAACGUUAUGGAAGCCGUGAACGGAAUUGUAACAACAAUUUCAAGCAAAAAUGGAUCAUGCGUGGGAGGUAUUAACUUCAACGACUUUAUAGGUAAAUAUGCCACAAAAGGUCUGCAAGAAGAUCUAGAAAAGAAACUAGACUACAUGUCAGCUGAACAGCGUAAGUCACAAACCGUACAGGAUCAGAUGUCGGUUAGGUUGGAUAAUGUGUUGAAGGUUCUGGGUGGCGUUGCAACAGGAAACAAAUACAGUUCAGAUGAGAUAGCAACUUUAGUGGGGUCAACCGCAGCGGGCUCUGUUAACAACGGUGGGUACGGCAAAGGGACUCUCCCGGUUGGAUACGGCACAGGAGGAGGCAGUGGAAACAAGUUUGGCGGCCGCUAAAUGGCGAUGGACUUUAUCGAGACUGCGACUGCGAUGGGCGACGAAAAUUGGUUUAAGCUGAAGAAUGACUACCAACUACCAAAUGAAGGCCUAUAAGCAAAUAUUAUUAGCUAUUGGUUGCUCGGAAUAAAUAACGCAGCGUACUCGACAUAAAAUACUUUAUAUUUAAUCUUUGUACAUAGGUGGGACAUAUAAGAAUUGGUAAUUUUGCUGUAAAAUGUUUAUAUAAGGACAAAAUGCAUAUGUAUAUAUAGCUUUAUCAUUUAACUUUGUACAUAGGUGGGAUAUUUUGGAAUGGGUAAUUAUGUUGUGAAUUUGUGUUUUUUUUUUGUUCCAUAUCGAAUUUUGUCACUGUUGUUUGGAAUUACAGAUUUGGUAAAACACUAUAAAUACGUCACAUACGUUCUUACUUACCAAGAAAUUGUAUAUUUUUUAGAUAUUCGCUCUGGUUUGAUUUGGACAUUAAUGCUGAAUGAUUAAGCGCAUGAUAAUGUUUAUACACUUAAAAACACUUUACAAAAGCGUACAUAUUGUCUGUAUUUGAACUGUCUGUUGUUUUUGUCUUGUAAUAUUAGAUUGUACUGAUAUAACAGAAACCUCAAUUACAGUAUUGAAACAGCUCUACAUGUUAAAUUGCAUAUUGCCCUUAUGUUUUAUAAGUGUCAAUUAUGUGUAUGAAACACUGCACACGUCUAAGCGUAUGUACAAUAAGAGAGACAUCUUGUUUAACAGCAUAACAUUAACAUGUAUAUUGGUUU